GUUCAGCUUGUAGCAUCUCAGAGGAUCCAGUGUGGCUGGCAGCAGGCAGAGGGGGGAAUCGGCACAAUCUGGGAUCUAUCUGGGAAAAAGGGAAGUCGGUGAGAGAACCGGCUCCAAUCCCCGGCGGAAACUCGACCAACACUCCGCGGAGACUUCUGCUGCGUUUCCCCGCGGCUGGCUGCACCCUUUCCUCCCAGGAAUCUCCUUGGGAUCUGGAUCCGCUCAGGUGACUGAAUCGGUGCUCCUGGAGCUGUGCUGAGCCGUUUGCAGACCAAAGAUGGAUCAGCUUUCAGACGAGGAGGUGGAGGUGAGGGGGGAGGAGGAUGAGGAAGAGGAGGACAGCGAUAAGGAGGACCAGGACCUGGAUAAAAUGUUUGGAGCCUGGCUGGGAGAGCUGGACAAGCUCACACAAAGCUUGGAUGAUGGUCGUCCAGAAUGCCCCCCACAGCAGAAAGCCCCCCUCAGGCAGGAGACCAACAUGGCAAACUUCUCCUACAGAUUCUCCAUCUACAACAUUAACGAGGCCCUGAAUCAGGGGGAGAACGUUGACCUGAACGCCCUCAUGGCUGACCUGUCCUCCAUUGAGCAGGAGCUCAGCACCAUCAACACCAAGUCCAGCAGCAGCAGCAGCAGCAUGGCCCGGCUGGGACUCACAGACACCAAGGUGCGGCAGAAGCCUCCUGCUGGGCGCAGCAGCAGACAGCAAUCAGUAGGGGGCAGCGGUGGCGGCAUUGGGAACAGCGUGUCGGGUGGGGGGGGCAGCAGCGGGGCGAGCAGCAGCAGCAGCAGCACCAGGGCGUCUCCAGCCGGCACCAUCAGAUCGCCGAGCGGGCAGCAGGGCCGACCGCCGCUGGCCUCCAACUUCAGCCUGGACGACAUCACGGCUCAGCUGGAGAAGGCGUCUCUCAGCAUGGAUGAAGCUGCACGACAGACCUCCUCCCACUCUCUUAGCUCCGCCUCCUCGUACACGUCAGCCUCGGUGAGACGGCCAGGGUCUUCUCAGCGCCAGCACCGACGCACCGGGUCAGUGGGAACGGUCAGCGAGCACGAGGUGCGGUCGUUCGUCCACUCGUCCCGCUCCUCUGUCACCUCGGCGUCCGGCAUCUCUGUCAACUCUACGUCCUCCAUGGAUUCACUGGACAGCGUCCUCCGCUCCGAGUCCGACGACCCACAGCCUUCAGAGGGAUCGGGUCAGGCGCAUCCCAACACAGAGCACUCCUAUCUGGACAGGGAAACCUCUCUGAUUCUGAGAAACAUUGCAGGAAAGCCCCCCCACCUGCUGACCAAGGAGGAGCAGGCUGCCAAGCUAAAGGCGGAGAAUAUCCGGGUGGCUUUGGAGAAGAUCAAGGAGGCACAGGUGAAGAAGCUGGUGAUCCGUGUUCAUCUGUCAGAUGAGAGCUCAAAGACCAUGAUGGUGGACGAGAGACAGACAGUCCGACAGGUUCUGGACAGUCUGCUGGAUAAAUCUCACUGUGGUUACAGUCCAGACUGGUCCCUGGUGGAAACCAUCACAGAGCUGCAGAUGGAACGGAUCUUCGAGGAUCACGAGAACCUGGUGGAGAACCUGCUGAACUGGACCAGAGACAGCCAGAACCGCCUCAUGUUCACCGAGCGCAUCGAGAAGUACGCCCUGUUCAAAAACCCACAGAACUACUUACUGGGGCGGAAGGAGACGUGUGAGAUGGCAGAGAGGAACAAAGAAGCUCUGCUAGAGGAGUGUUUCGGAGGCAGUUCGGUGUCUGUCCCUGAGAUGGAGGGAGUCCUGUGGCUGAAAGAGGACGGCAAAAAGUCAUGGAAGAAACGCUACUUCCUGCUCAGAGCGUCUGGGAUCUACUACGUCCCAAAGGGCAAGGCCAAGACGUCCAGGGACCUGGUGUGUUUCCUCCAGCUGGAUCACGUCAAUGUUUACCUGGGUCAUGACUACAAGAGCAAGUACAAGGCUCCCACUGACUUCUGCAUGGUGCUGAAGCACCCCCAGAUCCAGAAGAAGUCUCAGUAUAUAAAGUACCUGUGCUGUGAUGACAUCAGAACUCUCCAACAAUGGAUCAACAGUAUUCGCAUUGCAAAGUACGGGAAGCAGCUGUACAUCAACUUCCAGGAGGCCAUGAGGAGGACAGAGGCCGCCUACGAUUGGUCUUCCCUCUCUUCUUCUUCCAUCAAGUCCGGCUCCAGCUCUUCCAGCCUCCCAGAGUCGCAGUCCAACCACUCCAGUCAAUCAGACAGCGGCGUGUCAGAGCUGACGUCAUCUGGACACACCCGCUCCCAGAGUGUGGUCAGCUCCAUCUUCUCUGACGCCUGGAGGAGAGGAACGCAAGGAGAGAUGAUGAAGAUGGAUCCCAUCAGUAGGCCCAUCCCGGUCCAGAUCCCCAGCCUCUCCCCCCAGUCUCAGACUCCGCCUUCCCGGAGCAGCUACACCGAUGGGCUCAUCCCAUCCGAGGACUCCUCCUCUUCUCCGUCCCCGCCCUCGCCCCCUCCCCCACCUCCUCUCGCCGUAUCCAGUAUGGGCCACCAAGGAGCCCCUCCUUCCUCCUACGUGAAGUACAGCACUCUGGCUCGCCUGCAGAGCCAAAACCAGGCUAGAACGCAGCAGGUUGCCGGCGCCGGUACCACUCCCCUUCCCUUGCAGAACUACAACACCCUCCCAGCUUCUUACGGCACCUCUCCGCCAUCGCCCCCUCCUCCUCCUCCACCUGUGGCGCCGGCCCCUGGCUCAGCCAUGGCUGCCCUAAAAUUCGGUCUGCCAAGCCCCAACUGUCUCCCGCCGCCGCCUCUGCCAGAGGAGGAGGCACUGGAGCCACACAGCCUCCCAGAGGGCCUGGAUGCCAACGGUCUGCCCCCUCCUCCCCCUCCAGAGCCCCUCCCCAACCCCUGCCCCCAGCUCUCCAACUCAGGCCUGCAGCAGUUCCUGUCACAGAAGUUCCCCAACAUGGUGUACGACUUCACCCCCUCAGCGCUGCAGGACGGUUCCCCAGCACCCCUUCCACCUCCCACAGAACUCUCCCCCCCAGCAUCACUACAAGUUCUCCGGCCUCUGUCUCCCAAUGCCCCCCCACCCGCUCCUCCCAAAACCUUCUCUGGUGGAUUCCCUCCUCUGACCGCCCCAAAACCGUCUGGUCCUUCCUCCCUCCCCAUCGCCCUCUCCCCGGUGUCCCCCACCCAGCCGUUUUCUGGACACUGCCCUGUCAGGAAGCAGCAGAGCUUCUCGACGGGACACUCCCCGAAUCAGCCCCCCCCCACACUACCCAAGCAGCACAGCCUCUCCUCCAAGAACCUGGCCAUCUCUCCCUCUGCCUCCUCCUCAUCUGUCUCCAUCGCCGCGGCUACCUCCUCUUUGGUCAAACAGAUUGUCAAUCAGUUUCCAGGAAACACUUCCCCCAUACCCCCUUCCAGCUCUGCUCCCCAGUCCCCUCCUGCAGUCAAGGCCAAACCAAAGUGGCAAAUCGGGGGCGCUGCAGUGCCACAGUCACCUGAAUUCCCCCCACCUCCCCCUGACAGCUCCUUAGGAGACUUUCCUCCUCCGCCGUCUUCCUCUUCCAAGUCGGGCUCCCCCAUCAAGAAGUCUCCCUCAACCUCCUCCACGGGGUCUGCCAAGCGUGGGCCUCCCCCAACCCCACAGAGGGCCUCCUCCAUGAAAGACCCUCAGGACGAGCGACCCAAGAAGGUGGAGAGUCUGUUGAGUAAAUUUGGUCAGGCCCCCCAGAUGGGAACAUCGUCGAGCUCCUCCUCAGCAACAGGAUCUCCUUCCAAAGACUCCGCUUCCCUUCCGGCACCGCUCCCCAAGCCGGGGAAGCUAAACCUGGCCAACCUGCCUCUGGUCAUCCAGGGUCUGCAGAGUGGCCAGCAGCAUCAGUCUGACUUCCCCUCGCCUCCUCCCCCACCUCCUGCCUCCCAGCAUCCUCACCUGGAUUCAUCAGCCGACUUUUUCCCUCCCCCGCCGACCGAAUCGGAGCUCUUCCCUCCCCCGCCUCACCCCUCUGAGUUCCAUCACCCUCCCAAGGUCGCCGUUGUGAACCCCCAGCCUCAAAUGCAGCCUCCUGCAUCGGCAACAUCUUCUUUCUCCUCGUCAUCAUGGAAGCAAGGCUCACUGAAAAAAGGGGCGAUGCCUCCUCCGGCAAUGAACCGGCGCAGUAGCAACACGGCUCAGUUCGAAAACACCAUCUCACUGCCUCUCUCGCCUCCACCGCUGUCCCAAACCCCACCCCCCUCCCUCUCGUCCUACUCUUCCUCUUCCUCCUCCUCCCCCAUACCCCCUACCUCCCCAAAGUCAGCAGGGCCCGCAUCCCUGGCCUUUAAGCCUCACUUCCUGGAGGACCUGAACCGCACGCUGAAGAGGAAGUCAGUGUCACGCCACGGCUCGCUCACCUCUUCCCACUUGAUCCCCUCCUCCAAGAUGGAGCCCGUGGGCACAAUGGAUGACAUGGCACUCCUGCCGCCUCCCCCCCCAGAGCUCCUGCCGCAACAGCAUCAGCAGGGAGUCCGGGGACACUCUCACACCCUGUCGCGGCACCACGGGCGCUCCCAAUCGGCCAAACAUGGCAACAUCUCAGGCUAUGCAACGCUGCGGCGAGGCCCGCCUCCCGCCCCUCCCAAACGGGACCAAAGCACCAAACUGACCAGUGAGUGGUAGGAGACGGUGACUCUGACUGUAGCUCAUUGACCAAUCAGGUCCCGUUGUUCCUGCGGAGAGGAAAAACGCCCGUCUCUUCUCGGUCCCCUUUGGAUUCCAAGCAAGUGGCGAAGCAAUUCCUAAUCUCAGAUUAAUCCUCAUUAUUCCCAUCAUUACAUGUUUAAUCCAACAUGAGUAACAAUUUAAAUAUAUAAAUAUGUAUAUGUAUAUAGUUAGCAAGAGAGAAAAUCACCCCUCCAGCUUUUUUCACAUCUGUGCAGCUUUGCAUUGAAACAUAUGAAAGACUUGAAGUGACGUUUAGCUGCGAUGUACCAGGUACUGCAUGAACCAAGGAGUCAGGGGAAGGAACCACGGAGGAGGAAGGUUGAUGAUGAUGAUUAUGUGUAUAGAAGUGUAUAUUGUGAGAGGUGAGGGGGGGAGUGUGUGUGUAGGGGAGGGGCAAUCCUAGAGGGAACAUUGCCAUUUCUUCCACCCUGUUUUUUUUUUUUUUGCGUGUUUUUUUUUUUUAUAUCAAAUUAUUUAAUACUGGAAAAAUAUUGUAAUAAUUAUUUUGAAUUUUAAGAAGUGGAAGAGGAGAAUGAGUUUGACUGGACAUGUGACUGUUUUCUACGAGGACCUGCUUUACCAGGCUCCCCCUUUCAUUUGAUCAAACUGCGUUUCGGCUGAUCUGCUGGUUGGUGAAACUGAACCCUGACGGUUCCCUCCUCCCAACCUGGAUCGGUUUCCCACCAUCAGAGGGUUUUUGUUUGUUCACACCCUUUGAACUUUUUCACAGUUUUGUCAUGUAACUACAAUGGAAUACAGGGCCAUACUGAUAAAAAAAAUAAAACAAUUAAAUUACAAGAAUAAAGUUAUAAUAUGUGUUUAUUCUCUUAAUACUAUGACUUUAUUUGAGUAUUAUUCUCGUAAAUCUUUUCUUGGAAUUUUAUGACUUUAUUCUGGUAAUUUUAUUUUUUAAUUAUUUUCUUGGCAUGGCCUCAAUACUCCAUCCUAUGUAACACACUGCAGCAUGUUCAUUAGGAUUUAUUGUGGCAGACCGAAACACAGUAGUGCAUAAAUGUGAAAUAGAAGGAAAA